AUGGACGCGUUCGUGGUGAAACUGCCCCGCGGGCAGGCGGGGGAUGGCGGCGGCGCCGGGGGGAAGAGGCCGUGGCUGGAGGAGCCCGGCCCGGAGCGGCCGCCGCCGCGGGAGAUCCGCGCCGAAGGACUCAGCUGUGAUUACCGCAUCCUCUUCGGCAAGGCCGAGGCGGACGAGAUCUUCCAGGAGCUGGAGAAGGAGGUGGAGUAUUUCGAAGAUGACUUGACAAAACUGCACGUAUUUGGCACAUGGCACAAGAUUCCCAGGAAGAAAGUCACCUACGGAGACCCUGGUUUGUCCUACACUUACUCAGGGGUGACAUUCCACCCUAAGCCGUGGAUCCCGGUGCUGACCCGGAUCCGGGAGCGCGUCACCUUGGAAACAGGACACACCUUUAACUUCGUCCUUAUCAACAGGUACAAAGAUGGCCUGGACCACAUCGGGGAGCACCGGGACGAUGAGAAGGAGCUGGUUCCUCACAGCCCCAUCGCCUCCGUGUCCUUCGGAGCCUGCCGGGAUUUCGUGUUCCGGCGCCGGGAUCGCCGGGGGAAGGGAGGGAUGCCGGGCACAGGGAGGAUCACCCUGCAGCUGGCCCACGGCAGCCUGCUGCUCAUGAAGCAUCCCACCAACCUGCACUGGUACCACAGCCUGCCCCCACGCAGGAGGGUGCUGGCCCCCAGGGUCAACCUCACCUUCAGGAAAAUCUUGUCCGGGGCCAAUGUUCAGCCAUCGGGAUCUUUGGGCUAUGAAAAGUGAAGUUUUAGUUCCUGCUGGA